GCAAUAAAAUCCAAAAAGAGUAUAUCACCCAAUAAUCAUGGACCCAUCAUAACUUGUUUUGCAACCACCAGCUUUGGUUCUUCCGUCCUACCCUUUUCCUUAUAUUUUGCUCUACUUUCCCUCACCUUUACACAACCGCCACUCCCCCAAUGGCCUCCUCCUCCGCCGCCGCUGCCGACGGCGUCCUCCCGGAGCGACGAACUUACUGGUGCGACGAAUGCGAUAUGAGCGUUGCGAUCCUUUCUUCAUCCUCAGAUCCUUCGCCUCUAAUCUGCCCCCAGUGCCGCGUCGAAUUUCUCCAAGGUAUGGAUGAUUGUAGCUUUUUUGAUGUUAGCGUCGGUGAUUUCGAUGACGAUGAUGAAGAGGAGGAGGAGGAUUGGUGUUUGGUGGAUCCUGCGGUUAACUCCGACGAUAAUUUCCUCCUCGAUAGCCCUUACCUUCAACGUCUCCUCCGCCAUCUCGCCUCCGAGAGUUCCGGAUCCUCUUCUUCUUCAUCUAAGUCUCCAGAUAUCGAUUCGAUCCCCACCGUUCAGAUCUCGUCCUCCAUGCUCUGCUCCGGCGAUGAUUCCGAUUCCUGCAUGCUCUGCGCCGUUUGCAAGGAGGAGUUCGAGGUCGGAGAAUCCGCUCGACGGUUGCCGUGCACACAUCUGUACCACUCGGAUUGCAUCAUCCCGUGGUUGUCGGAUCACAAUUCGUGUCCGCUUUGCCGAUUUGAGCUUCCCGUCGCGGCGAGUGUCGGCCGGGAGGCGGAGAGGAGGAUCCGGCUGUCGGAUCUGGUAGCGAUGGAAGGUGAUGAGGUGGAGGACGGCGGCGGUGACGGCGACGGCGACGGCGACGAUUGGUCGGGAAUCGGUGGGGCUCUGAGGCGAAUCGCGCGGCGGCACCAGCAGCGGCGGCGGAGAUUGGGGAUGGGAACGGUGGAGCGAGAGAUCUCGCUUACGGUCUCGGGGCUGAGAGUUGAUGGGAUAAGGGAAGAGAACAGCGACACCAUUAUCGGAACGAUUUAAGCUUCCAUUGCUGCUGAAAAAUCAAGAGUUUUUGCUUCUGUGUUUUAUUUUUCUCUUCGGCUUUCCAUUGAUCCUUUAGCUCAAGUGUCAAUGAAAGGAUUUGAUUUCUACGUUUGAUUCCGAUGUACGGACUAAUAAAAAUCAUUACACUCUAUAAACCGUGUUUUCAA